UUAUCCGAUCGUUAGGCGGUGGCUCCGACACUUUAUGGAGAGUAAAAAGAGGUCGAAACUUAGACGUCUCAGGGAGGAAGAGGAAGAAGCUGUUUGUUCAAUACCGAAACGACGGUCAGAUCGGUUUUCCAAGAAGGAGAAAACAGUCGACCAGCUGUGUGAAGAGCUGGGAAUCGAAGAUGUUGAACUAACCUACUCAACUGAAGAUUUUGAGAACUGGACCAUACAGAAAUUGUUUGAUCAAUACGUACGGCCUUUGAUUAUACAGAGGAAUCCUCAUGCUUCGAAAGAAAAUAUACAGAAAGUACUAGACACAAAGUGGAAGGAAUUUGCCAUUAUGAACCCAUACAUCCCAAAAGGCGAAGAAGUCCUAGAACUUGGUGACGAAUAUGACGACGCUGACACUGAGACGCAGGACGACGACCUAUCUGACAUCAGGUUGGGUGGCUCCAUUUCCAAAAAACGCUGCAAAGCGUUGGUACGCAAGUCCUCUGUCGCACUAGCUGCAUCAGGCUUUGAAACACCACUCUCCGGCUGCGCUGGUAGCGAAGUGGCAAGCGCGUCUCCCCCUCCCUCACCAGGCGUCACCACACAAGUUCCUACACCUAUCAAAAUUAAGAUAAGCAAGAAAAAGAAGAAGCGCGGCCGUAAAAGAGAGG